UCUUAUCUUUGUUUGAGAUAUGGAGAUCAAACUUGCCAGUCAUGAGCAUUCAAUGGGCUAUCAUUGUCUCGAUGAUGAGACAGAUGAUAAAUGGUGUGAGAAAUGCACGGAGAAAAUCUGUGGUGCAGCCUAUGCAUGCGUACGGUGCGAACUCUGGUUGCAUGAAUUGUGCGCCAAAGCUAUACAAUAUCUGCCUCGAGAGAUUACACAUCCUCUCCACUCACACCACCAUCUUAUGUUAGAUUGGUCUGGUCCUUUCGCACCAUUUACCUGUGAUCUAUGUUUGAAGAUUUCUUCGGGCACCAAUUACACGUGUUGUCGGUGCGCCUUCGAGCUCGAUUUAGUUUGCGCUUUUGCAAGCAGUGAUGAUCAUGUAGCUAGGAAGAAGAGGCAGAGAUCCAAUGCAGAUAGGAAACAGGCAAUGCAGCAUUACUGCCACAUCCACCCGCUGGUCCUCUACAAGUAUAGCAAUGAGGGAGAACAUGAUUAUAAUUGUCGUUGGUGUGACAAGCCACUGGCGGGCAUUUUCUACGGUUGUAAAAGUUGUGGCUUCUUCCUUCAUGAAUUUUGCAGUGAUAAGAUACCCAAAACAUUGAACCAUCCUUUCCAUCCAUCACACCCUCUUCGCUUGGAUUUCGUUGACGCAACUUGCAAUGCUUGUACACAAUGGAUUAGUAUGAGUAAAGACUUCUCCACCGCCGCCUAUGGUUGCCAAAUUUGCAAUUUCAACCUUGAUUUUGGGUGUGCAAAACUAUUACCUACCCUUAAACAUGAGGGCCACAACCACGGUCUCACUUAUGUUGGUCCCACUUUCAGGGAUCCAAUUCUCAAAUAUCAUUUCCAAUGCAGCUCCUGCCAUGAGCUGUGUUUAGACACCUUUUAUCGUUGUGUGCAGUGUGAUCUCAAUCUCCAUCUUAAAUGUGUUCCAGUUCCACCUUUAGCUAAACACAGAUAUCAUAGACAUCCACUCCUCCUUAAUCAACCAAUUAGAGAAGAUGAGAUUGGAGAGUAUUACUGUGAUAUUUGUGAGAAAGAACGAGAUCCAACACAUGAAGUUUAUUAUUGCCAAAAAUGCACAUAUAUUGCUCAUAUUGAAUGUGUGCUCAAUCAGGUCGCACCCUUUCCUUAGUUUGCUUUACUUUUAUAUAUUACUUUAUUCCUCGUUUUCUAAUAAUGGAAUGUUUGCUGUACAUUAGGAGGAAACAUCAACAAAACAGGACUCAUCAUCCUCCCCUCCCAUAUCCAUGGAUGCUAAAGCUUCGGAGCUGAAGGAAAUGGAGCAGACUGAAACGAUUCUGGUCCGACCAGUCUUCCAUAAACAUCCAUUGAAAUUUUGCGAGGUAACUGAAAACUUGGGAGAAAGGGUUUGCGGAGCUUGUCGUUUAGAACUUAGUGGUCCAGGCUACAUCUGUAAAGGAUGCCUAUAUAUCCUACAUGAAAACUGUGCUAAAUUACCCGAUGUGAUACAACACCCUCUUCAUCCUCAACAUCAUCUCAACCUCUACGCUACAUCUAUGUCGCUGGACCAAAAUAUAUGUGAUAAGUGUCAAGAUUUGUACUUCGGCUUCUUUUAUCUUUGCGAGCACUGUGAUUUCAAGCUCGAUCUGAAAUGCGCAACUCGAGCACCCUCUGAAAGUGGGCGCACAACAUUGAAAGAGUCGGAGAGGGAAACUGAGCUAUUCCAUUUCACCCACAAGCACAAGCUACUGUUUUGCAAUUUUACUGACCCUCUAGUUAAAAGACAAUGCAAUCUUUGUCGACUGCAAAUCUUUGGUCCAACAUACCAUUGCAUGAGCUGUGGUUGGGUUCUUCAUGAAUCUUGCCUUAGGUUACCACAAGAAAUGCAAGUACCUUUUCAUUCCCAACACACUUUGACUCUAAGCUACACGAGAUAUGGAGGGUGCCAUGCAUGUUCACUAAAGCUGUUACCAUCUGGCUAUCAUAAGAGUUAUAACUAUGGUUGUAAAGAUUGUGGCGUCAACUACCAUAUUGCAUGUGCAAUUUCCCUAACACGCCCUCUAAAACUUGACUCUCACAUGCACCAUCUUUAUUAUUUUGGGACGGACUUUGAUCGAUUCUUUGCCAUGUACCGUGACUUCAUUGAUAUCUAUGCUGGACUAUUUUGUAGUCACUGUGGUGAAAUUUGCAGCGGGCAAUCUUUCUAUCGUUGUCUUGAGUGUUUCAUCAAUUUCCACCUAGAAUGUCUAUCCUUACCUCAAAUUAUCAAAUCCAAAUGCCACAUCCAUCCUUUAACUCUUAAAGAUUCGUAUAUCGAAGAUGAUUCAGAUGAGCAUUACUGUGAUGCAUGUGAAGAAAAAAGACACCCAAACCAUCAUGUUUACUAUUGUGAAGAAUGCCCAGGAAUAUUUGUUGCUCAUAUAGAUUGUGCACUUUCUAAGGAAGAAGAAGUUGUGUCAUUCUUGGUUCCUAGGGAGAUGAAGAAAAGGAGGAGCUGGACUAGGGGAAUUUAACUUUGCAUAUCUUCUCCUUCAUAAAAGAUUGCCGGUGAGUCAGAGGAGAAUGCAUUGUGACGAGAAUGUUGGAUGUCUUGUCUCCUUUUUCGUUGUUAUAACGAUUGAGUCCAAGUGUUUCAACACUCUAGGUGGGAUGUCCUAUUUCCUUUUUUUUUUAGAAUAUUUUUGUUGCCAUGUUUGAGAAUGUUGAGAUUAUUGUUUUAUUGUUGACUUAUAUAUCUAGUUUCUUUGUGCUUUUGAGUGUUG